UGCUGAUGUGUCGGGGAGGCGGGGCUUAGGGAAGUGAUUCCUCGCGCCGUUCCCUGCCUGGCCGCUACGCCUUUGGCCGUCUCACCUCAGCGGAGCCAUGGCGGUGUCUGCCCGGUCCGCGCGGGUCCAGCCGGACUCACAUAAAGUACAGAAAGAUAAGGCUGGACAGUCUUCACGGCCCAGACAGGGCAGCGGAAUGGGGACACUCUUGGGGUUUGAGUGGACAGAUGUUUCCAGCUGGGGAAGGCUGGUGACCCUGCUGAAUCGACCAACGGAUCCUGCCAGCCUGGCUGUCUUCCGUUUUCUCUUUGGGCUGAUGAUGGUGUUGGACAUUCCUCAAGAGCGGGGACUCAGCUCCCUGGACCGAAGAUACCUAGAUGGUCUGGAUGUGUGCCGUUUCCCCCUGCUGGAUGCCCUGCAGCCACUACCACUUGACUGGAUGUAUCUUGUCUAUACCAUCAUGUUUCUGGGGGCACUGGGCAUGAUGCUGGGCCUGUGCUACCGGAUAAGCUGUGUGUUAUUCCUGCUGCCAUACUGGUAUGUGUUUCUCCUGGACAAGACGUCAUGGAACAACCACUCCUAUCUGUAUGGUUUGUUGGCCUUUCAGCUGACAUUCAUGGAUGCAAACCACUACUGGUCUGUGGACGGCCUGCUGAACACCCAUAAGCGGAAUGCCCAUGUGCCCCUUUGGAACUAUGCGGUGCUCCGUGGCCAGAUCUUCAUUGUGUACUUCAUUGCGGGUGUGAAAAAGCUGGACGCAGACUGGGUUGAAGGCUAUUCCAUGGAAUAUCUGUCCCGGCACUGGCUCUUCGGUCCUUUCAAGCUAGUAUUGUCCGAGGAGAUGACCAGUCUACUAGUGGUGCACUGGUGCGGACUGCUGCUCGACCUCUCAGCUGGUUUCCUGCUCUUUUUUGAUGCCUCGAGGUCCAUUGGCCUCCUCUUCGUGUCCUACUUCCAUUGCAUGAAUUCCCAGCUUUUCAGCAUUGGUAUGUUCCCCUACGUCAUGCUGGCCAGCAGCCCUCUCUUCUGCUCCCCUGAGUGGCCCCGGAAGCUAGUAUCUCGCUUCCCCGAAAGGCUGCAGGAACUUUUGCCCCUCAAGGCUGCCCCUCAGCCCAGUGUGUCCUGCGUGUAUAAGAGGAGCCGGGCCAAAGGUGGCCAGAAGCCCGGGCUGCGCCAUCAGCUAGGUGCUGCCUUCACCCUGCUCUACCUCCUGGAGCAGCUCUUCCUGCCCUAUUCCCAUUUCCUCACCCAGGGCUAUAACAACUGGACAAAUGGGCUGUAUGGCUAUUCCUGGGACAUGAUGGUGCACUCACGCUCCCACCAGCACGUGAAGAUCACCUACCGUGAUGGCCGCACUGGCGAGCUGGGCUACCUUAACCCUGGGGUAUUCACACAGAGCCGGCGAUGGAAGGAUCACGCAGACAUGCUGAAGCAAUAUGCCACUUGCCUGAGCCACCUGCUUCCCAAGUACAAUGUCACUGAGCCCCAGAUCUACUUUGAUAUUUGGGUCUCCAUCAAUGACCGCUUCCAGCAGAGGAUUUUUGACCCUCGUGUGGACAUCGUGCAGGCCGCCUGGUCCCCCUUCCAACGUACACCUUGGCUGCAGCCACUCUUGAUGGACCUGUCUCCCUGGAGGACCAAGUUACAGGAAAUCAAGAGCAGCCUGGACAACCAUACUGAGGUGGUCUUCAUUGCAGAUUUCCCUGGGCUGCACCUAGAGAAUUUUGUGAGUGAAGACCUGGGCAACACUAGCAUUCAGCUGCUGCAGGGGGAGGUGACUGUCGAGCUUGUGGCAGAACAGAAGAAUCAGACUCUUCAGGAAGGAGAAAAAAUGCAGUUGCCUGCUGGUGAAUACCAUAAGGUGCAUACGAUCUCACCCGGUCCUUCCUGCUACAUGUACAUCUACGUCAAUACUACAGAGCUUGCCCUGGAGCAAGACCUGGCAUAUCUGCAGGAAUUGAAGGAGAAGGUGGAGAAUGGAACUGAAACGGGGCCUCUACCUCCAGAGCUGCAGCCUCUGCUGGAAGGGGAAGUACAAGGGGGCCCUGAACCAACACCACUGGUUCAGACCUUUCUUAGACGCCAGCGAAGGCUCCAAGAGCUUGAACGCCGGAGAAAUACCGCUUUCCACGAGCGACUCUUCCGCUUCUUGCUGCGGAAGCUCUAUAUCUUUCGUCGCAGCUUCCUCAUGACUUGUAUCUCACUUCGAAAUCUGGUAUUAGGCCGCCCUUCCCUGGAGCAGCUGGCCCAAGAGGUGACUUACGCAAACUUGCGACCCUUUGAGCCGGUUGGAGAGUCGAGUCAUUCAAGCACAGAUUCUUCAAAUUCUAAUCCUCCUGAGCCGAAUUCUGACCCUGUCCACUCAGAGUUCUGACGGGGGCAGAUGUUGGGUACAGAUGUGGGAGCAACCAGCCAUAGGACCACUAACCUAUGUGAAAUGUGAAGAAAUUGAUAUUUUAUACAUUUUUUCCUUGCCUAUGGUUCUUUUAAAUUCAGAUAGGAUACCUUAGAGGAGCCAAGGAAGUGAAGCAAGGAUAAGAUUUAUCAAAUCAAGAUUGAGGGGAUAGGAGGAGUUUAAAAGCAAUAUGAAAACGCCCUUCUAGGAUAAAGGGGUGAGUCGGGUUUAAAGUGACUGGCUCCUUGGGGAAAGAGAUUUAAUGUACCAUGAUGACAAUGAUACCCAACUGUUCUUAAGUACUUGUUACGUGCUAGGCGCUGUGUGAAGCAUUGUGCCUGCGUUCCUGCAUCUAGUCCUUACUGGCCAUUAGCCCUGUUUUAUAGUUGGAGAAGGUGAGGCUCAGAGACAAUAUAAUUUGCUCAAAGACAACACCUAGUUAAGAGAUGUAUUGGUGGUUUGAAUGUCGUCUGACUUAAGGUCCCAUACCCUGCCUCUUGUAAUUUGCAGAAUCACUGACAAUAAUUAUGAAAUAAUGUAGCUUCAAAUUUGUCUGUUACAGGUAAGAUUAGGAUCAAGUUCUUAACGCACAGAGUAAUUUUCUUUUCCUACAGUUGUGGUUUUUUCAUUGUUCCUAUUAUGUAUACAGCCAGUAAGUUUUUCACUAGCAGCUAUGAGAAUAGUUAGACUAGGACAGAGUUAAACUAAUAAGGAAAGUUAGAUGAUUGGUAGUAGUUCCUUCAAGCAUAGUGUAUUUAGCAUUAUCCUAGCCUUUGGUGAGCAGAAGGUGAUAUGAAGUAGGAAUUAACCAAACUUGGUGGAUUAGUGUAUGUUUGCAGUUAUUUUGUAGGUUUGGAUGUAGAGAGUGAUUGAGGAAGCACCGCAAUUCCUUGAAAAUUCAAACGCCGGGCCCUGGCAUUGGGCUAGGAAGUAAGAAUGCAUAGAGAAAAAGGGGGAAAAAAAAAAAAAGGCUCCUGCUCUGGGUGCUCAUGGUCGCAUAGCAAAGACUAGCAGUAAAUUGGUAGUCCCAGUAACUUUGAUAAAGGAUGGCGUCUCUAUUUUCAGGCUUUGCUUCCCAUGCCCCACCCCACCCCCACCCCCACCCCCUCAGUCAGUGGUUCUUUCCUAGGCAGCUGCCUUCUCGCUGUACACACACUUGAGAUGAUGAUGUCCACCUCAUGGUUUCCAGUGAUGCUGCUGCUUGGCUUUCUUUCCUGUGCCCUGGACCUGUAGAUCUAACUAGCUCCACCUAGAUAUCCCACAAAGCUUUCAGACUCCGUCCUAAACAGAACUUACAUUCAUCCCCAACUCAGACCUGCUUCGCCUUUAUUAGUGAGUGGCAACUGCAUUUUUUUGGCAAUCUGAAUCCUCAGUCUUGAGUCUUCCUUUUUUCUCACAUUUCUUAAAUUCCAAGUUGUAUCAAUUCUACCUCUUCUUCAGUCUAUUCAUCUCUACUACCUCUGUGUUCUUUCAUCCUUUAUAUUGGAGUCUCAGAGCAGGUGCACUUGUGCAGGUUGGGCCUGAAUAAGAGCAUCCCACUGAAGCCGGAUUCCUACAAGGCAUUGUGUGGGUUAGCUAGCGGUAGCUGUGCCACAGGGUUUCUUGAUUGCUUGGUAAGAAUAGUGUGGGGACACACUGAUUUUCAGUAGUUUUGCAGACCUCAAGGACACAACAUACCUUGGCACAAUGUCCUUUGCUAGUAAGUUCAGCUUUUUUUUUAAGAUUUUAUUUAUUCAUUCAUUUGACAGAGAUAGAGACAGCCAGCGAGAGAGGGAACACAAGCAGGGGGAGUGGGAGAGGAAGAAGCAGGCUCAUAGUAGAGGAGCCUGAUGUGGGGCUCGAUCCCAUAACGCCAGGAUCACGCCCUGAGCCGAAGGCAGACGCUUAACCGCUGUGCCACCCAGGUGCCCCUCAGCUAUCUUCUAUUCCCCUGCACUACGCCUGCCCCCCCCCACGCCCCAUUACUUGACUGGUAAGAAAAGUAGUUCUUCAUUUGGGGAAGGGACUCUUAAUAGUUUUAAUAUAGGCAAGGUUGCUAUCCCAAAACUGUUAGUAUACCACCUCUUUUUCUGAAAAUGUUGGGGUGCGAUGGAGUGGAAAGGUGGUCAUCUUAAUACUGUUUAUGAGAAAAGCUGUUCAUUGGAAUAAAGUUCAGAUUUCAGGAGGAAUCAGGCCCUGUGCAGCCAUUAUAGGAAUGGGCUCUCAACCUUUUUUUUUUUUUUUUUUAAGGUUUUAUUUGAGACAGCAAGCCCGACCAGUGGGGAGGGGCAGAGGGAGAGGGAGAAGCAGACUCCCCUCUGAGCAGGGAGCCCAAUGGGGGGCUCAAUCCCAGAACCUGGAGAUCAUAACCUGAGCCAAAGGCAGACACCCAAUCAGCUGAGCCACCCAGGCACCCCUCAAGUCCUUUUAGCCAGGCUUUUGUAUUCCACUUCAUUCUACUCCCAGUAUUUGGAUCUUUUGUACCUGGCCAGGUCAUCCCUUCAAAACUUUGUAGUCAUUAAUUUCAUUCUAACCCAAACAUUUGACCUUUCCUUCCAUAACAUGGUGUGCUUUGAUAUUCAGCCAUUUGCAGUCACCAUCACCCCAUUUGACACCUUUGCUUCUCUUCUCCCUGGGCUGGUUACUAUUUCUUCACCUUAUUUUUAAAAUCUUUCCCCCCCAUAUUAGGCAGCCUACAGGCACCCAAUUUCUCCCCAUUCCUCUUAUUUGACCAGCAUUGUUCUCUAAAAAAGGGCCUUUUGAAACUUUUAAAGACACUCAGAUUUAACUUUGCCUCCCCUCCCAACAGUUAUAAAUUUUUAAGCCUCCAAAUAGGUGUAAUCAAGCAUUCCUUGGUUCUCACAUUUAGAUUAAUACAGUAAAAAGUUGAACCACCGCUUGAUUUUCAUACAUGCUGUUAUAAACGUGCCAAAUGGCUGUCUGUACUUUAGCUCCUAGGCUUAAAAAGGGAUGGUUCAAGUUCUUGUGUAGACCUCUAAAAACUCAAUAUAAGGUUUUAGAAACUUGUAGCAUCUUCACUGUAAUUUUAUGUCCAAAUUUUCACUUUAGCUAUAAGAUGGAUUAGAACCUGGCCUCACCACUGUUCAAAAACUUUGCCAACUGUGUCAUGUACUGAACAUCUAACUGCAGCCUUUAACACCUGUUUAUAAUAAAGGGAUGAAAACUUAAGGCAUACUUAAGUAAACUUUUUCACACUGGAAAGCUAGAUAAUGGGUUUUAGGUUUUCCAGGCUGAACAUUACCAUUCCCUCCAUGUUUUAUGUCCUUGAAUCUUGGACAAUUUUAAAACAUUCCUGGCAGUUGAAUGGCUGUUGCAGUAAGGACACAUGGAUCCUGGGCAUUGCAUCAGCCAAAAAGGCUGGACAAACAGAUCAAAUCUUGUGAUAUUUUUCUUAGUGCUAGGGAUAGGAUUUACAAACCUAUUAAAGUGCUUGCAGUCAUGGUUGAAGGGGUUUGAGGGGAUUUCCCUGAACCAUGGGAAGAUUACAAUUAUUCAGGGAUAAAGAAUAUGUUCUCAGAUCAUAUUCAUACCAAAACACUUUCACAGAAUAAUGGACACAGUUAAGGUAGAACCUAGCAUUUUAUUUAGUUCUUCAUUAAACUGUUGGAAUUGAGAACCAGACAUACGUAAUAAACCUCCAAAAAUAGAUCCUGAAAGGCACUUUCUGCUUAGGGCAAGCAGUCAUGGAAUAAGCAUGUAAACAAGCUGGCUUCUCUGUACCACACCAGCCAAGUCAGCUUUCUCCAUGGCCAGCCGCACCAGCUCUGCCCUCCCUUCUGUUAACACCAGCCAGACCCCCUGUAGGUCUAACCCAAGGUUUUUCUGUAGGACACCUUGGCCUACCUGGGAAUGCUGGAAACAUGUUGUUAAAGGAAUCAUGGUGUUGAGGAAAAAAAAAAAAAAUCUUUUAAAAGCUGCCAUCUGAGGUGAUGGCUUCUCUGUACUUACGCCAUACCCCAGAAUACAAUAAAUAAGCAAUUAGAAAAUGUUCAAGUAUGAAGGGAUUUCCUCCUCCCCGCCAAAAGCACUGCUCUCUGAAGGAAGCUGGUUUCUCUGUAGCUACACCAGCUGUUCAGAAAGCUCAUUGGACCUGGUUUUGAAAAUAAAACAAAGUUAAAACCC